UUUUUUUCUUUAAUCAUCCCGCAUUUAAAAACUGAUUAUGAUAUACCACUUAUCUAUAACCAUUCGCCGACGAGCAUUAGUCAAUACUCCAUAUGUAGUAACAUGCUUCGAUUUUCAACAACUUGUCACAUGUACCAAUUACCACACCGUGUGGAAAAUGGAGCAAGUGUAGCAUUAUAACACCCCGACGUCGUUUCAUUUUUUCUCCCGUAUCUUCUCCAAGAAAAUGAGGUUCCUCCAACAGCUAACGAUUCCGAGCCUCCUCCUCCUCGUCAUAGUGACUCCAAUCUCAGCGACAUUCUACACCAACGUCUCUUCCAUACCAACGUUACACCUCCUAAACGCCACAAGAAGCGCGUGGGAAACUUUCGAGAAACUCGCGGGUUGCCACGUCGGAGACAAAGCCGACGGCCUCUCCAAACUCAAACAAUACUUCAGUCGUUUCGGUUACAUCUCAUCCUCCUCCUCCGCCGCUAACUUCACCGACGACUUCGACGACGUCCUCAAAUCGGCGAUCAGCGCUUACCAGAAGAACUUCAACCUCAAAGCCACCGGCAAACUCGACGCGCCGACUCUCCGGCAGAUCGUUAGACCUCGAUGCGGGAAUCCCGACAUGGUCGACGGCGCCUCGGAGAUGAACGCCGGUAGGAAGCUGCUCCGCACGGUGGCGGCGGCGCGUUACUCUUUUUUCCCCGGGAAGCCGCGGUGGCCGAAGCGGAAUCGGGAUCUGAGCUACGCGUUCGUGCCGCGGAACAACCUGACGGAAGAGGUGAAGCAGGUGUUCGCACGCGCGUUCACGCGCUGGUCGGACGUUACGCCGCUGAACUUCACGCGCUCCGAGUCUGUCUUCAAGGCGGAUAUAGUGAUCGGGUUUUUCUCCGGCGAUCACGGGGACGGAGAGCCGUUCGAUGGGCCUAUGGGGACGCUGGCGCACGCGUCGUCUCCGCCUACGGGGAUGUUUCAUCUCGACGGCGACGAGGAUUGGCUGAUCUCGGGAGACGAGACGAACCGUCGGAUAAUGCCGGUUACGUCGGUGGUGGAUCUGGAAUCGGUCGCUGUUCACGAGAUCGGACAUCUUCUCGGGUUAGGUCACUCGUCGGUGGAAGAUGCGAUUAUGUAUCCGGCGAUUUCCGGUGGGGAUCGGAAAGUGGAGUUGGCGAAGGAUGAUAUUGAGGGGAUACAGUAUCUGUAUGGAGACGGUGGUUCUAGCCGUCGAAGUGAAACCAGUGGUGGUGCUGAGUUCUGGAGAGGGUUGGGGUUUAGCCUAUCGUCGAUUGCCACGUGUUUGCUUUUGAUUUGUUGCUAGGGUUUUGGCAAUGGUCUUUCGUGAGUUUUUUCUGAAAUCCAAGUGCAGAAGAUACACACAAAUAUUUAUGUUUAAUCUUUUGAUUAUCUUACUUAAGGAUUUUUUUGGUGAAAUUUUCUUAUGAUUUAAAAAAUAUUUAAAAGGAUAAUUUACAACAGUUGUAUUAUUAUAUUUUGAAAACUUUGUUGAUAUAUCAUAUUGUUCGUUUUUUUC